UGCCUGGCCGCCGAACAAUAAUACGGAGCUUCAAAAUAAAGAAUUCAUUCGUGAUCUGGCUAGCUCUUUAGUCGGGAAUAGUAGAAAAUAGGAAGUGAAUGUGAAUUUAUUGAGAGAAAACUUUAAUUUUUUGUGCGAUUUAAGUGUAGAGAAGAAAAAUGGAAGUGAAAGAAGCUCUUCAUUUGGUACUUUCACCACCUUCAACGCCACCCUUAAAAAUUGUUUCAUCCGAUGAUGAGUCCAUCCAGACGUCAACCAUCGACCAUUUACGUCAGUUUCUGGGCCAAAAGCGACCCGCCUCCACUGCGUUUCCCCCAACGCCUCAACCUUCCGAUUCGGAAAGCGAAGAACACGACUUUCCCCUCAAAAAACGCCAUAUCAGGAACGACCAUGAAUUCGCCAGGUUCGUGCAAGCCACCGUCACACCUCCUCCACAAAUAAGCACCCCACCACCCGAAACAACACCUGUACCACAGAUACUCAUCACCAACGAAGUAGGCGAACCACGUGGCGUAGUGACCCCACCUCCAGAACCAGUUGCUCAAAUCAACAAGCGAGCAACGCCUCAAAGGACUGUAUCCGUUAUCACUAGAGCAAAUCAGGAUGGUUCUUGCACUUCCUUACCACUUCCCAAGUGGCCUGGUGAGGAAGUUAACGUCUUGAAGAGUAUCAAGUUCAAGAUGGGUAUCAGAAAAGAACAAGUCAAGGCCAGCGAAAAGGUUACCAGCAGAGAAGAGAAGACAAUUCAGAAGAUCCCAGCUGUACCAGUCCUCCCGACCUUGGCACCGAAAGUACUUACCACCAAUCAACCACAAACCUUUUUCUUAUCACGUGACGGUACCAUGGUUCCUACCCAGUUAGUUCUACUCGCACCGCCCCCUCCACAACCCCAAAGAAGACGCAUCUACGAGUGCACUUAUGAAGGUUGUGGCAAAAAUUACUUUAAAUCGUCGCAUUUGAAGGCGCACAAUAGAACGCACACAGGGGAAAAGCCGUUUGUUUGCCAAUGGGAGGAUUGCGGUCGGCGAUUUUCGCGGUCCGACGAAUUGUCGCGACACAAGCGCACUCACACGGGCGAGAAGAAGUUCAAAUGUGACGUGUGUCAAAGGAGGUUUAUGAGGUCCGAUCAUUUGGCGAAGCACGUUAAAAGGCACGCCAAGGACAGGAUAGGGGCAGGGGCUAAAAUAGGGAUCGUUCCGAUUUUGAGGAAGAUCCAACCAGCUCCCUCUACGGGAAUUGUCACGUUUUAAAACCAAGAAUGCUUGAUAGUGUAUAAAAAGAUAAAUACUUGAACUUCUCCGAGUACAAAGUAAGGAAUAUGUCAGUGGUUUAUAAAAAGAAUUUGAGAAGGGUAAAGGUCUAAAUUUUUGUGCAGGUAUAGGUUACUUCAUAAUCAUUUAUCAUUAGUAUACAGGGUGUUAAGGAUAUGCUAAAAUUUAAAGGGUUGAUUCUUGGAUUUAUUUUCAGAAAAAAACUGCAUAAUGUAGGCCCAUUUCUGAAAAAAAAACUUGCAAGAUUUGAUAUGUCUUAUAAUGCAUAAAAACUAAUUAUUUGAAGUACAAAAAAAAUGUUUGUUGUAUCUUAAAUUUCAUCCAGAAACUAUUUCCAAACAAUCACCGCAUCAGAUUUUUAGCGAUUUGACCCUGAAGUAAAAUUAAUUUAAUUUUUUAAAGCAAAAACGACGCAUAGUUUUUGUCAGGGAAUGAAAAUUUGAUUAGUUUUUUUGAAAUGAAUGGAGAUUUUGAAAUUAAUGUUUAUUUUAAUGUAAGACACUGGAUGCCACUGAUUAAAAUAAAUAAAAUUGUACAUCAAAAAUAAGAUAUAUUAUACAAGACGAGUCUUAAAUAAGUGCAAAUAUUUUCAGGGCUGGUAGAUCCCGAUAAAAAAAACAAGGGUUCUCUUUACCGUUUCUCAAGUAAGUCCAAAAUAACCGAGUUAUUUUACUUUGAAAAUAAAAAAAAUGUUUUUUGGCUUAAAUUUGGAGAACCACUUGAUCUUUUCUGGGUUUUUUUUCUUAUAAAUUUAAUUUAUUUGCCAUAUUAUCAAGAAAUUAUAUUUUUUUGACAAAAAAUUAAAAUAAAAAAAUUCUAGUGAUUUUUUCAAAAAAUUAUUUUGAAAAUGCCCCGUUUUUUAAAAAAAAUUCAAUAUUUUUCGAUUUUUUGCGAAAAAAACUGUUUCUGCGGUCGAAAUAUACUAUCCCUAAAAAUAUUUGCGCUUAUUUAACACUCGCCCUGUAUAAUAAAAACACAGUAAUUAGAAAAAAAGUGUUUUAGAAAAUUUUACUUCUAAACAUUUUUAUACUGCAAAUUUUACUUCUACAAAGUGGUAAAAAUGAAUUCAAAAAUCAUCUCCUUACAUAUAUAGACACGUCAUUAAGGAACACCCUGUAUUUGUUAAGUAAACCGUAGUCAACUUUGCAAUCAAUUUAUAUUCUACAUAUUUACACGCUUUAAAGAACCUGUUUAGAUUUAAAAAAUAAAAACCCUUCUAUAGUCUGUCUUAACGAGUCAAGGAAGAUUUCGACAGACAAUAUCCAAAGAAUGACAGAUAUUACAAUUUACCGGUGAAUUAAAAUGACAGACACAACUGUCAUGAAUCCUCUCGUUGGGCAGACUAUACUAGACCUCUGCCAUUGACAAUUUCAAAUUGUUUAAAGAAAAAAAACGAAUCACUCGUAUUAUUACAAUUAGGCUAAGAAAUAAUACAAAUAGUUAAGGCACCGUUACUGACCUAGCUUUAAUUUUGAUUAUACUACCGUGAAAAAUAAGAUGCUCAAAAAAUGUUAAAAACGCGCCUACCUAAUGGGUACCUAAUUAAAAAAUAAUUUUAUUAUGUUUUAAAGUGAUAUAUAUAUAUAUCAGCAUUAUUAUUUUGUCACUGUAGUAUAAUAUGUUUCAUUUCUUUUUGACUGAUUUUUUAUUUUCUUAAUGUUAAAAAUUCUUCGUUUUCUUUGUGGGGCACAUUCCAAUUUGUAUAUAGUGUUGUUUAAAGUUUACUUUUUUGUAUUUACUUUGUAGAGAAAAUGAUCUACCGAAAGUAUGCGUAUAGGUUGUUUUUGUAUUUGAAUGAAUAUCGAAAUUUGUUAAGAUGUGGAUCGAAUUUUUUUGGAAUGUAACUAGUAUAAAAGAUAUUAUCUAUCUGUGAUGUUAAUGUGGUUAUUUAUUUUUGAAUUUUGUAAUAUAUUUGUAUAUAAAAAAUGCAAUCGAAAAAAGAUAUUUAAUAAACAAGAGGUAUAUCGUUUUGAAUA